UGCUCGAUAUUCUUGUCUGUUUGAUAAGAGUUCUUCGACUACUAUAAAAAUAGCUCGAGAUUUCAGUCGAAUGGCCAGCUAUUUCCACUCGCACCAAAGGUCCAAAACUGAGAAACUGAGAAAGGAAGAGGAGGAAGAGAUCGAGAAACAGUGAGGGAGAGAGAAAGAGCAACCACUUGAGCCCGAUGGCCGCUGUUAUGAAAUCAAUGGAAGAAGAUGAGUCUCUGUUCUCAUCAAUCAUCUCAUCGGGCUUCUACCCCCAAAUGGCGCGAGGGGAAUCAAAGGAGCGGCGGACAAGGAAGAAGGCGAAAGACGUCCCCAAUGGCGAUGCGGAGGUUUACGGUCAGGGAAAGAAGCGGCGUCUCAGCGAAGAGCAGGUCAGAUUCCUGGAGAUGAAUUUUGAUAAAGAGCGCAAGCUGGAAUCCUGCCGAAAAGUCAAUCUCGCCACCGAGAUCGGCCUCGAUCCAAAGCAGGUCGCCAUCUGGUUCCAGAACCGUCGAGCUCGAUGGAAGAGCAAGCAAAUUGAGGAGGAGUACACCCAUCUCAGAUCCUCCCACAAUGCCAUCCUAGCCGAGAAACUUCAACUCGAAAAUGAGUUAUCGAAUCUUAAAGACAAGUUGGUGCAAUCGGAGCAGGAGAUCAGGAGACUUACCUCGCCCUCCAUCUCCGCCGCCGCUGGCGGAGGAAGUCCGAUCUCGUUGACGAUGCCGACGCAUUUGGGGAAAUUUGCGAUGGAGAAGGAGAAUGCAAUGCAGAUGUCUGCAUUGGCAGACAACUAUUAUGACGUGAUGGAGAUGAGCUAUUUCUAUGGGUUUUGAUUAAUUAAUCAAUAAUCAUGAUAAUUAAGAUGUAAAUAAGUGUGAGAUUUAUGUAAAUACGUUGCUUGUCAAGUUUAGAUCAUUUAGUUCUCUACUUCUUGUUAAUAAUUACCGCAAUAAUGGGUGGAUUAGUGUUAAUUAACUUUUUUAUAACUAUUAUUUUAAGUUCUUAUAUUAAUUUA